UUCCCACUUGACUUUCUUCGCCAGCAAGCAAGCGCGCUAUAUUGAUUAUCUUCCUUACCGCUUCUCAUCAUUAUCCUUGAUCACCAUAUCUACUUUCAGUCGGCCCUUGGUCUCUCAUCCGUCACAAUGGCGCCCAACCUCUUCAUCUGUCUACGCAAGGCAUUCUGUCCCGUGUACUGGUUCCAGCGCGGAGAGCGCAUCCACGGGUCUAUCCACAAGGAGGAACACUGGGAGAGCCCUGUUCCUGGUAUCUACAAGUACAUCCCUGGUCGGGGAUGGCACCUCAUCCUCAAGGAUGGCAAUGAGCACGAGGAGAAGCUGCCGGUGCCCCUUGUCUACUGCCGCAUCCUUCACCGAUACAUUUUCGAACACGAGAUGGAGGAACGCUGUCGCUGGCACUCGGUGACCAUCCAUGAGGGAGCCAAACCCGAACGACUUCUUUUCUUCCUGUUGGAUGACGGCUACACCUGGGUUGCCGGCUGGGACGCCAAAGGAAAGUUCAUCCCAGGCCCGUAUCAGAAGUGGCACUACGACUCGGAGGCGCGCACCAUGCGCCGCGAACUGUUCCCCGAGAGCUCCAAUGUUUCUCGUGCCAGCAUCGUGCCGAACAAGUUGACCUGAUCCCCAACCUCGACUGUUUUAUCUUGAAUGAUCGACCAUCGCAUCUAAGUCGCGUCUGCAGCUGGUCUCUACAGCGCACGCGGUGGCCGUUCACGACCGAUUCAGAACGAU